AUGACUUCUUGUCCAGUGAAUGCGUAUAAGGGUGAUCUGCACUGGAGAAGUGAGCAGGAGGGUGUUGUGUUGGCGGCACAGAAUGCUGGAUCACUGCUGAUGGUGGUGACUGGACUUUGGGCUGAUCGGAUCAACGGUAAGUGGAUGGUCGGCGGCAGCCUACUACUCUGUACCGUUGCCAACGCAGCUUUGCCAAUGAUGGCACAUGUUAGCUUCUGGUACGCUGUUGCUGCGCGGCUUGCCACUGGUGCUGCUGACGCUUGCCUCACUCCCGCCGCAAACUCACUGAUCACGCGAUGGUUUCCACAAAGCGAACGUCCAGCCGCACUCGGCAUCGUUACCGGAGGCAGGCAAAUUGGUAAGCACUUGUAA